CCUGUUGGCCGUCAGGGAAUCUUGUCCCCCCUGAGCCGCCGUCCGCGGCUGGCUGGGGGUGAGAGGUGACGUGACGGCUGCGUCCCCGGAAGCCGCGGGACGGGAGGGAGGGAGGCCGGCGGAGCAGGGCGUCGGAGCAGCCGCCUGGCCACAGCCUCCCGCAGGGCCGGAGAAUGGUGCAGGGCCAGCCGCCCCGCCGCCUGUGAGCCCGGCCGCCGCCUCCGGGCCCCGCCCUGCUCCGCCCCGCCCGGGGGCUUCUUCGCCCUGCGCCGCCGGACACAGAAGAGUGGGAGGGUAACUUGAAGGUCAGAAAGGGCUGGGCACUGGAAAAUUUACAGUCAAUGUCAGAGCCUUGAAGUAAGGCUCUUGGGACACCUCUGCCAGGCAGCUUGCUGUCUGUUACUGGGACAAGUUUUGAAGCCAUUCAGCUGGGAGCUGAUCUGAUUCCAACAGGAUGAAUAAAAACAUCUGUGAACUCUUAAAUUCUUAGUUUUCUCCCAUUAAAAUCAGUGGUGAAAGAGAAAAUAAGAAAACUACACAAAUUAAUAGGUGGAUCUAAUCAGAAUAAUGUUCAACAUAAACCCUUUGGAGAAUCUGAAGGUUUACAUCAGCAGUCGCCCUCCUCUUGUGGUCUUUAUGAUCAGUGUAAGCGCUAUGGCAAUAGCUUUUCUGACACUGGGUUAUUUCUUUAAAAUCAAGGAGAUCAAGUCACCGGAAAUGACAGAGGACUGGAAUACUUUCCUCUUGAGGUUUAAUGAUUUGGACUUCUGUACAUCAGAGAAUGAAACCUUAAAACAUCUCAUCAAUGAUACCACAACUCCAGAAAGUACAGUGACUAGUGGACAAGCCAGAUCUUCUACACAAUCUCCACAGACUCUUGAGGACUCUGGUCCAGUAAACAUCUCUGUGACAAUCACUCUGACACUGGACCCACUCAAACCAUUUGGCGGGUAUUCCCGUAAUGUCACACACCUAAGUUCCACAAUUUUGGGGCAUCAGAUUGGACUCUCAGGCAGAGAAUCUCACGAGGAGAUAAAUAUUACGUUCACCCUGCCUGCUGCUUGGAAUUCAGAUGACUGUGUUCUCCAUGGUCACUGUGAGCAGGUGGUAUUUACAACCUGUAUGACUGUCUCAGCAGCCAGCAAUGUGUUUCCUGUCACAGUUCAGCCACCACAUUGUGUUCCUGAGACGUACAGCAAUGCUACCCUCUGGUACAAGAUCUUCACUACAGCCAGGGACUCAAAUACAAAAUAUGCACAAGAUUAUAACCCUUUCUGGUGUUACAAAGGAGCCAUUGGAAAAGUCUAUCAUGCUUUAAAUCCCAAAUUAACUGUCAUAGUUCCAGAUGAUGAUCGCUCACUAAUAAACUUGCAUCUCAUGCAUACCAGUUAUUUUCUUUUUGUGAUGGUGAUUACAAUGUUCUGCUAUGCAGUUAUUAAAGGUAGACCAAGCAAACUGAGGCAAAGCAAUACAGAAUUCUGCCCUGAAAAAGUUGCUUUGUCAGAAGCAUAAUCCAUCUCCUUUUACUGAAAAUGGCUGAGAACCAUAAUCAUUGCCUGCUGAACCCAGACUGGGUCUUAAGACUUUGUGAAUACGUUAUCUUGCAAUGUUGGUUUAUUCCAACCAAAGACAUUUCAAGUGCCUGUAAUUGAUUUGUACAUAUUUAUAAAAGUAUAUUCAGAUGACGCACUUGUUCCGCACAGUAGUGUGGCGAGAAUCUUUAAAUCUUUACCUGUGGACAUAGCUGAAUGUUUGUGUAGAUAAUAGAUGUGUGUAGUGAUAAGGAUCACGUAGUCAGAGCAAGAUAUUUUUGUCUAGCUGCAUCUGGGCAGGUUAAGAUGCCUUUCCAAAUGUCUCAAACAAUACAAACCCUUCGUUUUUGCCCAAUGAUAUGUACAGCGUGUUUGAAACAGUAUGCAUCUUUGAUAUAAUAUUGCAUUUCCAAAGCCACUGAUCUACUACAUAAAUUCAGUGUGUGUAUGUGGCUUAAUACUUUUUUCCAUUUUCUCCUUGCUUGCAAGAAAAGAUAUCAACAUUUCUAGAUUUUUUUUUAAGAGAAAUACAUAUUCACAUUUUAAUAUUGCUGUAGUUAGGACAAACUUGUGCUUUUAUCCAGAAUUUAAUAAAAAAGGCAAAGUCUUAUUUUAAAAUCCUUUCUAUUGUAAAGUGCUAAGAUUCACUUUUCAUGGGGCCUGCUGGAAUGGCAGAGCAGUGAUCUGCAUUGGGGUUGUAUGGAAAGUUUUCCACUUACUUUGCCUCUGCUCCACAGCCUUCAAAUCAGCAACUUCCUUGGUAUAAAAUAGCUUUUUAUAACCUGUCUAAAAAGUGGAUUUAAAAAAAAAAGGAUGCAUUCUAUUAAUAGUCAGUUGUGGCUCCAUGGAGCCUGGUCAAGUGCAAAUAACAAAGGGAAAAGGAAGAUAUAGUAACUUAAAGACCAUUGUAAGUGCUUCAUGUUGGACCUUCCAUACAUCUCUAAAGGGCAGCUGAAAAUGACAUAUUUUUAUUAGCUUUGUCCAAUUUUUAUCUACUGUUGUCUUCUGAGGGGAAGAUGACAACUAGUGGGCUAGUCCUGUUGUGAAUAAGUUGAGGGAAACCUUGCCUGAGAAAUUUGUAUUGGUCUUUGUGUCCAUUGUUAAAAUCAGAGCAGACUUGAUUUCUUGGAGUGCUUUUGUUCUGUGGGUUUUUUCCCAUUUCUGGCUUAUUCCGUCUCCUUCCAGCCUGUCCUCCAGUUAUCUUUUUAAUUCUCGUAAGACAGAAGUUUCCUGUAGACACUUCCACCACAGCUUUUAAAAUCUCACUGGUUGCCUUAAUGACCCUUCAUGUCAUCUUUCAGCUUUCCUGUCAGGUAGCGCAAUUCUAAAUGUGGGUGUAUACAUUUUUCUUUGAUACGUUUCACACUGCCAUGUGAUACAUGAAACCAUAAAUCCAAUUCAAAGACUGUAAUCGCUGAUAUGUUGGCAUAAAAUCCUCUCUGUCUAGACACUGUUGAUUGCACAUUGCUGUGUUCUGCAGACCAUCUUAUAUAUUGUAUAAAAUCACUUUUCUUCAGAAAAUAGUUCCUCAUAUAAUUGUGAUCGCUGUACACAGCAUAUUGGUUAUUUCACUAAAAUGUGUUUUCUCCAGAUACCUUAAGAUUAAACUUUAGAGACAGCCGUUUAGUUUGAAAUCCAUAAAUGAAAUAACUAAGGCUUCUGAUCUUCAGUUGAAGCUACUGUUCACUAGUAAAACUCCACCAACGAAGCAGUAAAUUUACUAAAUAAAAAUAUGUAGAAAGCUUAAAGUGAAAUUCUAUUCUACUGCUCCUAACUUAUGCAUUCCCAACCUUUUAUUUAGUACUCGUCUUUGAAACUGACUGAGGGGUGGUUCAGAAUGGAUAACUGCGGAAGGAGCUUAGUGCUGGUACAGUCAGUACCGGAAAAUGCCCCGAGAACACUUACAUCAUGUAAAGAUACUUGAAAUAAAUCCAAAAUCAAUGCUCUAGUUCAGCAAACUAACGUCAAACCCCAAAAGCACCAAACAGAACUACCUAGAAAGAAAAACACAAUUGGAUGUGUUGGGGGAACAGGUUUUUUAUAGGAGGUGGUUUUGGUAAUUAGAGGGGCCAGCUUCAAAAAUACAUAGUCAAACCCCACAAACAACUGCACUGCAAAUAAACAUUAAGCUCAGAUUGCAACCCACAAAUGCAAGGAGAUUAGCAUUAAGGGCAUAUUUUUCAUUCUUAACUUACCCCUUUGUACCUAGGUAUUGCAGCACACAGGUGAGGUCACCCAGUAGGCUAAGACUUUAUCAUACUUACGAGUAUUGGAUUGUACCUAGGCACAAUAUACAAAAAUUAAAUGCAGCCAAGCAGAAGGGUAAAAACUUAAUAUUAAAGUGGUUGUUCAGAUCAUAUUGAUCUUUCCUUUUUGUUUUCUUUUUCUUUUUAACUAUGACUUGAAUCAGUUUUGAUUCUAUUUGUAAGUGUUUUCUUGUUGUUAGAAAGCUGCCAUUUCUGUUGCAUUUUUCUUUGGCAUUACAUAGAAAGUCUGAGCCUUGGUUUACAGCCUUCCUCUGCAGGUGAUGUAGGGUUAAGAUGGUAUUUUUUUUAAAAAAAAAAACACAUUUCACUUGUAUUGUUGCAUGAUGGUUAAUAGCAGAUUUGGUAAUGACACUUCUCUCCUAUAUUAAUUUUGUGUUUGUAAGAUGUGCAUAUUGCUUUGCAGAAUAAAAAAAAAGUUUA